CGUUGAACGCAUUCAGAAUAACUUCCUUUUAGCAAUUUUAUUGUCUGAUUAAUUCAUUCAUUGAUGUAGCUAUUAAAAACACAAUAACAAUAUGACUUUCUAAAAUAGUAUUCAUGAUCCAAAUCCUGAGAAUACGCCAUUAUCACGUGAUCAAGUUUAGGGAACCGAAUUCAUCCCAGCUGCUGGCUUUCAUGCAUCCACUCAUCGCUGCCUAGUUAGGCACCUUGCUAGCUUUUGUUACAAAAAUGGAUAGAGAAAAUAAUGACUAUUUUUUUUGCUGUUAUCACAGCAAUACUUGAUAGAGGAUGUAGCCUGUUCAUACGUUUUCAGUAUUUUUUUACUAUUAUUGUUACAUUUUUGUCGGGUCCAUAUCGUUAACUGGAAAGUGGAAAAGACAAAGAGAAAGGGCUUUCCAAUAGCUAUAAUGGUUUGGGCCUAAAAAGAAGACAAGAGCAACAUGAACCGUGAAGACCGGAAUGUGCUCCGUAUGAAAGAAAGAGAAAGGCGAAAUCAAGAAAUCCAGCAGGGAGGAGAGGCCUUUCCAGCUCACUCCCCUCUCUUUCCUGAACCUUAUAAAGUUUCCAGCAAAGAAGAUAAACUGUCCAGUCGUAUCCAGAGUAUGCUUGGAAACUACGACGAGAUGAAGGAACCUAUCGGAGACACAAUUCCAAAACUCGGUGGCAAACCCUCAGGCUCAUCCUCCGAGGAGAAGUCGGGCCAGUCUCUAUUUGGGGAGCAGCGAGGCAGUGGCCAGAACAGUAAAUGGACUCCAGUAGGCCCAGCGGCCAGCACCUCGUCCUCCCAGUCCUCCAAGAGAUCCAGCCUCCAAGGCAGCCACAGCGGUAGCAGGAGUAGCCAAAGACACGAGCGGGAACACAAGAAGUCCAGUAAGCAUGGCUCAGAACACUCCAAGUCCCACACGUCCAGCCCAGCCAAGGGCUCCCUGAGCUCCAGUCACUCCCGUUCAUUGGGCGCUGAGCACCACGGCAAAGAGCGCUACCGCUCCAAGUCCCCGCGCGAGCGCGAGGCCAACUGGGACUCCCCAUCGCGUGUGCACACGUCCUUCCCCAGCGGCCCGCACUCCAGCCAGGCCUUCCCCCCUUCGCUUAUGUCCAAGCCCAGCUCCAUGCUACAGAAGCCCACAGCCUAUGUGCGCCCCAUGGAUGGCCAGGAGACGGUGGAGCCCAAGACCUCGUCAGAGAUGUACAGCGGCCAGUCCCACAGCAGCACCAUGGGGGACAUGAAGUCUAACGGCAAGGCCUCGCUCUCCAAGCUCAAGAUCCCCUCGCAGCCUGUUGAGGGUCCCAUGACUGGGGAUGCUAAUUGUGUUGAUGAGAUUUUAAAGGAAAUGACUCAGUCCUGGCCCCCUCCUUUGACAGCCAUCCACACCCCCUGUAAAACAGAGCCUUCAAAGUUUUCAUUCCCUUCCAAGGACACUCAGCAUGCAAGUUUUCCAGGUGCACACAAGAGACAAACCAAAACGUUGAGCAGCCACCAGUCCAAGGCAGCACCAUGCGACGGGGAUCAGGCCAAUAAUGUUCUGCUGGAGGAUGACCUGAAGCUCAGCAGUGAUGAGGACAGUGAUGGAGAACAUGACUCGGCCAAAAACGCUUCCAGAAACGCAUCGGCAAGUAACAACAGUAAUAACAGCGAAGGAGCAGAGCACUCGCGGGACGACUCGAGCAGUCACAGUGGCUCAGAGAGCAGCUCUGGAUCAGACAGUGAGAGCGAGAGCAGUUCCACGGACAGCGAGGCCAAUGAGCCACCUCGCCCUGCAUCACCAGAGCCUGAACCAGCCACCGCCAAUAAAUGGCAGUUGGACAACUGGUUCAAGAAAGCUAAGCAGUUCUCUCCGGCCUCCCCAGUGGACAAUAAUGUACCCACCAAGUACAAAAAGGAGGGGCGGGACCAGAGCUCAGGCCGGGGAUACAGCGGGCAGGGAGGGUCUAAGGACUCAGGGGUGCCAACACCUAGCAGAGACCUAAGAGCAGCACAGAAGGGUUCCGAGAGCGGCCGUGGCCGGCAGAAAUCCCCGGCUCAGAGCGAGGGUGGCGCAGGCCAGCGCAGGACGGUGGGUAAAAAACAGCCCAAAAAGUCUGAGAAGCCCCCUGUGGUGGAGGAGCCUAAAGGGGGGCUAAGGGUGGAGAGUGAACCUGCUCCAGAGAUCCCUCCCCAUCGGCCCAAAGCCGCCACUAAAGGCUCCCGCAAACCCAACAUCAAGAAGGAGCCCAAGUCCUCGCCCAGACCGGCUGUUGACAAGCGCAAGAGCAAGGCGCCCAUCAAGAAGUCCAGGAAGUUUGUGGACACGGACUCUUCCUCCUCAGAAUCAGAGGAGAACGACAGCAUUCCCUCGUUGUCGCAGACCCCCAAGUACACAGAGAGCAUCAGGACUCCAGUGUGUUUGUUCUCGCCUAUGGAAGAGAAAGAGCUGCUCUCUCCUCUCAGCGACCCAGACGACCGCUUCCCCAUCAGGCAGCAGCAGGGGCUCAUGGUGAAGAUUGACCUGACCCUGCUCUCCCGUGUCCCCGGACGGCCUUACAAAGACCUAGUAGAGCCCAAAGUAGAGAGGGACUGCUCCGUGGACAGAGACAGCAAGGACUUCCAGAAGCUGCCCUCUGAGAGGAUCUCCAGUAAGGGCAAAAGGAAACACAAGAAUGAAGACGAGAACACCAAGUCUGAUAGCAAGAAGUCCAGACUUGAAGACAAAUCCUCAUCUCACCACAAGACCAGCAGCAAAGAGUCUAAGAGGGUCAUGGACGCCAAGGUGAAGGAGGAGCCGGUGCCCUCUCCCUCCAUAUCAGGGUCAGGAGGGCUGCAGAGGACGCCCAAGGCAGAGCAUCAGAGCCGCAAGCGGACGGUCAGCCAGUCAUCCACCUCCCUGUCCAGCGGAGCCAGCAGCGGCAAGGAGGGAGGCCACAGCACCAAGAGCAGCUCCACUUCCAAACACACAAAAGGCGGGGACAAGCAGGCCAGGAGCACCCGGGAGGGAAAGGAGAAAUCCUCAAAGGGCUCUGAUAACCAGGUUGCUGUGCCACCACUCUCCUCGGACGGCUCAAAGUCCCUGAGGUCAAAAUUGGUGUUUGAGGACAGGAUUCACUCUGCCGAUCACUACUUACAAGAGGCCAAGAAACUGAAACACAACGCAGAUGCUCUGAUGGACCGGUUUGAGAAGGCUGUGUACUACCUGGAUGCUGUGGUGUCCUUUAUCGAGUGUGGAAAUGCACUGGAGAAGAGUGCCCAGGAGGCUAAGUCCCCCUUCCCCAUGUAUGCCGAGACCGUGGAGCUCAUCAAGUACACUAUGAAGUUAAAGAGCUACAUGGCCCCAGACGCUACGUCAGCAGACAAACGGCUAGCUGUGUUGUGCCUGCGUUGCCAGUCCCUCCUCUACCUGCGACUGUUCAAGCUGAGAAAAGAGAGUGCACUGAAAUACUCUAAAACACUCACAGAGCAUCUGAAGAAUUCUUUGAGCAACACCCAAGCUCCCUCUCCUGGAAUGGGAAGUAAAGCGGCAGGCAUGCCCUCGCCAGUCUCUCCCAAGCUGUCCCCAGGUAGUGCUGGUAGCUACUCGUCAGGCACAUCCAGUGGCAGCUCCUCUGUAACAAUCCCCCAGCGCAUCCACCAGAUGGCUGCCAGCUACGUCCAGGUCACCUCCAACUUCCUGUUCGCCACUGAGGUGUGGGACCAAGCAGAGCAGCUGUCUAAAGAGCAGAAAGAGUUCUUUGCGGAGUUGGACAAGGUGAUGGGCCCUUUGAUCUUCAACACCAGCAGCAUGACUGAACUGGUGCGCUUCACGCGGCAGGGCCUACACUGGCUACGGCUGGACGCUAAGCUCAUUCCCUGAAGGACACUAUACGCUCCACACACACACAGUCCACCACAACGCACCGCUGCCCCUCCAUGCACAUGUGAACUUAUCUGCCUCAGACAUAUCUAUAACACUGUGUCCAUUUUCUACACCAGCUUGCCAAAAACACUGAGCGAUAUGGAGCAUCUUUGCACCUACGACUGUCCGACACGGAGGAGGAUUCCAACUGCACAGAUCUAUUGGUACAUUCUAGCUAUAUCCACUAUCAGUGUUUUCCUUUGUCAUAUCUUUUGAUUGUGCAAAGGAAACCCAUUUUUCUAUUUGGCCCAAUGCCUUUGUUGAAUUAUUAUAUAUGAAAUACACUAAAUACAUUUUAUUCUAUAGGCUAUAAGCACAUUAUUCACAUUCGGCUUUUAAUGUGUUAUUAUUUUUACCAAAGUACCUCCCUCAAACCAAAGGUGCUUUAAAACUAAGGUCUGUCUCUUAUCUUUUUUGUGCCUUGUAUCAGAUAUACAGGGAACUAGAAUAUACCAUAAGUUGAAA